AUGGCGGGGCUCGCCGACGAGCCGGACUUCCACUUUUUCGGCACAGAAAUCGAGGAUGAGCGGGAGACGCGGCUGGGGCAGCAUCAUAAGAAGGUCACAGACCCCUCCGCCACCCGGGCGUUGCCGCUGCACAAGCAGGAGGUGACGGAUGAGCAGGGGCGCCGCCGCUUCCACGGUGCCUUCACGGGCGGCUUCAGCGCGGGCUACUUCAACACUGUGGGCAGCAAGGAGGGGUGGCAGCCGGGCGAGUUCCGCAGCAGCCGAGACAGCCGGGCGGCGGUACAGCAGAGCGUGGAGCAGUACCUCGAUGAGGAUGAGCUGGAGGAGCUGCGCCGCACAAACCUGCAGCGGGGCCGCACAGCCUGCUGGGGCUGCUGGGGCACGCAGAUGAGCAUGCAGACCACAGCCGAGUACGACACCUUUGGCAGCACGGCGGCGGAGCUGGCGCGGCGUACCGCGGCAGACGCUGCCGCCGAGCGGCCCUCGGCCAUCCCCGGGCUGCUGCCCGAUGAGCUCGUGGUGCCCGUGGCUGACAGCGUGGGCAUUCGCCUGCUGCAGAAGAUGGGCUGGCGCCAGGGCAAGGGCAUCGGCGUGGGCGGCGACGCGCCCACCCCUGCAGACGAGGAGGCGGAGGAGGGCGGUGCGGCUGCGGGGGGCGAGGAGGGGGCGCAGGGGCGCAAGCAGCGGCGCUGGGGGCAGCACGUCAGCGUGGCGGCAGAGAACACCCAGCUCUACCUGCUGGCGCCCAAGACAGAUGUGCAUGGCCUGGGGUUUGAUCCUUUCAAGGGCGCCGAGGACUUCAGGCGGCUCAAGGAGCAGCGGCAGGCGGCGGCGCGGCCGGGGCAGGGCGCGGGCGACGCCAGGAAGCGGCGGCGCGGCAUCGCGUUCGGCUCGGGCGUGCUGGAUGAGGAGGAUGGGUACGGCCACGGCGCCUCGCUGGACGACUACGUUACCCACGACGAUGUGGGGGAGUACGAUGACGAGGUGGAGGCGGGCGGCAUGCCUCGCUCGCGGGUGCCCAAGCUGCGGAAGGGCGGGCUGGGGGACAGGCUUGCGAAUCGUGGGUACAGCUUCGAAAUCACGGAGGAGGAGGAGGAGCCUGCGGCGCUCGAGUGGCACCCGCACGCCCGCCAGCACCAGUAUGCGCUGCCGGGGAGAGAGGCGCCGCUGCUGCUGCAGAGCAGGGAGCAAGCGCAGGGCAAGAGCGGGCUGGUGCCCGGCUUUGUGAGGGCCACCGUGGCCGUCGUGUUUGCCUACUUCCCCCCGCCCCGCGUGCCGCCGGGCUACGUGCCGCUGCACCGCCCCAGCCGCGACACCGAGGCGGCGCUGCCGGCAGUCGUCGACAAGGCUGCCCCGCCGCCGCAGGCGGAGCCUCCCGCCGACCCCCAGCUGCGUCAGGCCAUCGACAGCCUGGCUUUCUUUGUGGCGCGGAAUGGCAUCAUCUUUGAGAGCAUGGUGCGGCAGCGGCAGCAGAAGGAGGGGCAGCACGCCUUCCUGAGCGGCGGCGAGGGCGCGGCUUACUAUCGCUGGAAGGUCCACUCCCUGCGCUCCAUCAUCCAGCCGCACCAGCAGCAGCAGCGGCGCGUGCAGCAGCAGCCCGCCAUCGGCCAGCGCUCGGCGCCGCUGUCGGCAGACGAGCGCGGCGCGCUGCUGGGAGAGCAGCCUCUGGCGGCGGCCGCCGCCGCCGCCGCCGCCGCUGGCGGCUCGCAGCAUCAGGGCUGGGCCACGGGUGCGCAGCCGGAUGCGGCAGGCGCGGCAGACGCCUUCCUGAGCUCGCUGUCAGGCAUGCUGGGUGGCGGCGGCGAGGCGGCGCCCGAGGCGGCGCCGCCGCUGCCGCCGGGGCCGCAGCCUCCUCUGGACGCCCAGGAGCAGCAGGAGGAGGAGGCGGCGGAGGCGGCGGCGGCGGCGGCUGAGCGGCCUGUAGACCUCUUCAAGGCGAUCUUCGAGGAUUCUGAGGAGGAGGAGGAGGAGGAGGAGGAGGCAGCAGACAUCACGGCGCACCAGCAGCAGCCGGAGCAGCAGCUUGAGCAGCAGCCGGGCGCAGCGGCAGCGGCAGCGGCGGCUGCGGGGGGCCAUGCGCAGCGCCAGCAGGGCGGCCUGGCUUUGGUGGAUGACCACAGCAGGCCCGCACAGCAGGCACAGCAGCAGCAGCAGCAGCAGCAGUGGCCUUUGCAGGACGCCUCGUUUGGCUUUGCCAAGCUGCGGCAGCAGCCUGCCGCCGGGCCGCCGCCGCCGCCGCUGCCAGGACCGGCAGCGCGUGCGCAGGCGCUGCCGCCCGCCAGCGUGGCCGCGGCUGCUGCUGCGGCGGGGGCGCUCGACGACGCGACCAAGCAGCGGCCUGUCUUGCGUCGUACCUGCAGCAAGAAGAACAAGAAGAAGAAAGAGAAGGAGAAGGAGCGGAAGGAGAAGAAAUCGAAGAGCAAGGGCAAGGAGAGGGCGAGGAGCAGCAAGCAGCGCAAGGGCCGCGGCAGCAAGCACCGGCACGGCAGCGGCAGCAGCGGCGGGAGCAGCGGCAGCAGCGGCUCGGGCAGCGACAGCGAGUGA